AACCUGUUCGCCGCAGACCGCGCGCUAUAUAAACCAGGAGCGCGCCACAGUCGGAUUACAAUUUAGAACAGCUCCGUGGUGCUGAAACCACUGGCUCACCAACAGCCACCACGCAAAAAACACCAAACAUACGUGACACAAUGGAGACCGGAGUCAGAGCGUCCCACUGGAAACUUUUUAUACUUUAUUGCUUACUGGCGGAGGGUCUGACCCAAGAUUUCGGACAGACACAGUUUAUUUGCACGUCCGUGCCCAAGGAUAUGGACAUAUGCACUGCCACAUUACAAAAUAGCGUGCCGGGAGAGGACCUGAAGACGACGGUCAUGCAACUAAGAGAGACAGUGCUUCAACAGAAAGAAACGAUCAUGAACCAAAAGGAAACAAUCAGGGAACUCACUUCCAAACUGACGCGCUGCGAAAGUCAAAGUGUGGCCGAACCUGGCGAUUCGCGAGGAGGGGGACGGCGAAAAGAGCCGGGCUCUAAGAACACAAUGGGAGAUGUUUCCAGGGGUCCGACGGACACGCUGACGCAACUGUCACACACUUUACAGACACUAAAGCAAAGACUAGAAAAUCUUGAGCAAUUUAGCCGUAACAACAGCUCUAUCCAAGCGAACAGCCUGAAAGAUCUGCUUCAGAACAAAAUCGACGACCUAGAGAAGCAGGUACUAUCCCGUGUGAAUAGUUUGGAAGAAGGCAAAUCCGGGCUGCGCAAUGAGACCGAACAGCGCGGACGCGUGGAAUCCACGCUCACCUCCCUGCACCAACGAAUCACCGACUUGGAAAAAGGUCAGAAGGAAAAUAGGCCACUAGACAAAUUCCAGCUGACGUUCCCACUGAGGACCAACUACAUGUAUGCUAAAGUUAAAAAGAGCUUGCCGGAGAUGUAUGCAUUUACUGUGUGCAUGUGGAUUAGAUCCAAUGCGUCUCCAGGUGUGGGAACCCCAUUCUCCUAUGCUGUUCCUACUCAAGCCAAUGAGUUAGUCCUUAUUGAAUGGGGAAACAACCCUAUGGAAAUUCUCAUCAAUGACAAGGUCGCAAAGUUGCCCUUUCUGAUCAACGAUGGUAAAUGGCACCACAUCUGCGUUACCUGGACAACACGAGAUGGGGUGUGGGAGGCCUUCCAGGAUGGCGUGAUGAGGGGCACUGGAGAGAACCUGGCACCAUAUCACCCAAUCAAAUCACAUGGAAUGCUGAUCUUAGGGCAGGAACAGGACACUCUCGGUGGGGGGUUUGAUGCUACUCAGGCCUUUGUGGGCGACAUGUCAAAUUUUCACAUCUGGGAUCGGAAGUUGACAGUGGGAGAGAUUUACAAUCUGGCAACAUGCAGCAGCAAGGCGCAAGUGGGUAACGUCUUCUCCUGGACGGAGACUGGCAUCGACGUAUAUGGAGGAGCAUCCAAAUGGCAAUUCGAGGCUUGCCGCCAACUGAACUAAGUUGCACAGGAAUUACAAGCUAAUGAGAGACUGGUACUUGCGAGUCCCUGCAGUCCAGCUGUUCGAACAUCCAUUACAGAGGUGUACACAGACUCAAAAAAACAACAUCUGGAAUUUUUAGUUUGUUAGGUGUUUGAGUGAAUUCUUGUGAACACUUCAGCAAUCUUUCCUUCUGGUCAUGCAACUCAUUUGUUUUGGGAUUUUGAAACUGGAUGGAAGAGGGAGGUGGUUUCCAUGCACAAAUUCUGUUUUGCAGGCAUUGUUCUUAGGUCUUUUCUGAUUUUCUGCUGGGCAAGUGAUGCCUUACUGAACAGUUUAACGUACUUGGCACAAAAUCGCAAAGGCUUCCCCAUAUUUAGUUCCAGAAACAAUGUAAGUUUAUGUUAGAUUUGUGAAAGCGCAUUAAAUAUUCCCUCUCCAGAUCCAUACAGAAAUCGUCCUAAUAACCUUGGGAUGCUCACUGUGAACAGUGCUGAAAUCUGGGAAACUGACAUACAAGUAAAGAACUAAAUAGCUUUUCUUUUCCAAUCAGCAUUACUUCCAAGCACCUGCUUGAAAGGUCUUUUUGCAUGUGUGUGGGUGUGUGUGUGUGUGUGUGUGUUUGUGUGUGUGUUUGUGUGUGUGCGUGCGCCUGUGUGUGUAUGUCUGUGUGUGAGCAUGCGUGUAUGUAGCAAAACUGCUAAUUGCCAACAUGUUACAAGCCUGGGUGCCUUUGGGCGGUUGAAAAAUCUCAAACUCAUUCAUCAUUUGCAAAGCACUUGUAUCUGUGUGUUUAUUUUCUUGUGUAAUUCUCGACUUUAACAGCUAUGUUGCUUAUGGUCACGACAUGUAAUAAUUCAGUUGGGCAGUCAUGGUUGAAACAGUGAGCAGUCAGUGAAUUUUGAAGCAAAACCCAUAGUGUGUUUCAACGGGUGUUUGUACUUUUCCAAGGAAUGUUCUAUGUACAGAAAACAGCAUGACAGUCCAAAAUGCUGCAACAGCAUUAAUGAAGUCUGCUUUUCCUAUCCUCCUUUGGGUUGAGAUUUUAUACUGUAUUGUUAUAUGCUAAAAGCAUGGCAGGACUGAAAGAUAACAAAAAUCUAAUUUUUGUAAUAAAAUUGUGAUACCUAAAACAACAA